ACCCGGAAGUAGAACAUUACGUCACAUGUAUGGCGGAAGUGGUGUUUUUAUGUUGCUAAAUAGGUGUCGCAAAAACAACCUCCAGCCACCACAACUUAGUUGCAAAAACUGAAUUAAGCGUUUUUAACGCUUGACUAAAAACAUGAGACAAGUAGAAUAUAAAUUGUUUCGUCAGUGUCCCAUUUCCUUGUUUUAAAUCACUUAAGAACUCGCCUUAGCUCACAUACCUUAGCAAGAUGGCUACCCCCGAGGCACCUACAGGAGAAAAUGUCCCAAUGUCGAAGUCCAUGCAGACGUUUAAAAGCUGCUGGAGCUGUCGCCUAAUCUGCGGCAGUGGUCUCAUCUUGUCCGGGUGGUACGUAUUCAACGCCGCCCGCAGAGUGAUGCGUCUCGGAGGGCCUGUUUCCAUGGGGCAGGUGGCACAGAUUACAUUCGCCGCAGGUUUAGCUUCGUGGGGAGCGGUUGUCAUCACUGACCCUGUGGGGAAAGCGCAAAGGAAAACGUGAAGUAAUGAUACUUGGACACGAACUUUGAAACGAAGAUGAACGCAAUUUCUGUCUCGUGGAGACUAUUUGUAUCUAUUUGUCGCUAUAAAGGAAUUCAAUGAGCGUCUGAUCAAAUCAUUUCAAGAGCAAUGAUAUAGUGAUCCCUUGUUUUUCGCGGUUAAUGGGGACGACAACCAGCCGCGAUAGGUGAAAAACCGCGAAGUAGCGCAUCACCCCCCUAAAAAAAUUUCUGUGUGUGUUUGUGUUCAAUGUAUUUAUUCAGAUUUAGCAUUGAAAAGGGAUACAUAUGACAUAUUUUUCCACUUUUUCCCCCAAAGUAUAAUUAAAAAAAAAAAAAGUAUAUUGCGGAAAACAGUCAGGUGACUUGAAGUUCCACUCAUUUCAAAAUUGUCCUAUAUGCAUGCUAGAGCUGGGCGGUUUACCGAAAAUUUACCAUUACAGAGAUGGUUCACAAUGACCAAUGUAAUUUUAACCAUAUUGGUAAAUUCUUUUUUUAUGUGUUUAAUAAAAUGAAAAAAAAAAAAAAGUAUUUUCAGCCCGCUUUGACUAUAUGUUGUUCUGCUAUGCUCAUUCCCCUUUAAGAAAGUACAGCCAGUGUGCUUACGUGUGAAGUCACGCGGCUAUCAGAAAAUCAAACAAACAAAGGCAUGUUGCUAUCAACUGGUUGCUAAAAAUAAAAAUAAGUAAAAAUUUCAAACUGGCUUAUCUCUUCGUCCUCUGAAGGACCAUGGCCCCCAACAAAAUGUUUACUGCAUAUGAAAUGUAAAUGGCUUCACCUUGCUGGCGUUAAACUGUUCUUUUGGACGUCCGGGUAAGUUGAUCCAUUCUUCACAUUGUUUCCUACGAGUGUUUGGUUUCUGAAAACGUAUGAAGAGAACAUCCUUCAUAUGUUGUAAUGUUAGAGUUGUUUCUACAAGUUCCAGAGCAGCAGUGUUUGAUCGGCAUGUUCUUUUUUGAAAGAUUACUGGCAAAAAAAAAGCAGAAUUAAAAUGGUUUGUAUGCGAGGGCGUGUCAAUAAUGUCCCACUUUUGAGUUAAGAUGGCGAGGUCGCGGUCUAAAAAAUUGCAUUCAGGCAGUACGAUGUUGAGCACAUUAGCAUGCAUGGCAUGUGCUGGUAUGAUAUUCUGACGGUAUAACCUUAAGACAAAUUAUCACGGUUUUACAGUAUUGCGAUUAUAGCUCUAAAAUUUGUUGAGAUAUCUGGAUUAAAAAUAAAUAAAAAUUCCAUUGAACAGGAUUUUUAUUUUUCAAAACAUUAGCAAAUUAGAAAAGUAUAAUGUUAAUAUAGUAUAAUAUUCUAAAAAAGUCUUUGAGCAUCGGUAAAAGCGCUUUAUAAAUAUGUAUUAUUAUUAAAAUGUCUUUUAGGUGGAAAAUGUUCAUGACAGUGUUUACUAACUUUUAAUUUUUUAUAUAUCACAAAUCAUAUUGGAGGUAUUGCCUCCUCUGCAGUCACCCUCCACAAACAUGUUUUACAUGUCGGUUGGCGCUCUCUAAACCGCGGCCCCCUGUAGCUUUUCUGUAGCUGGAGUAUUCCCAUACCAGCGAUUGUUGAGUUUUACCUCCUUCAGCCAAUUUUUUGCAGUUUUGAAACCUUGACGUUUUCAUACCAUGGUAUACCUUGAAACCGGUAAUCUAGCACACAUAAUAUGUAUUAAUGACGAAAGGCAGGUAAUUUGGGAUGCUCACAUCUGAUUGGCUAAUAUGGUACCAGUGUUGAUAGCAACAACAACAAAAAUUGCUGGCUUUUACACGUUUUUCACACAAUUACACAUCAGAAAAAUGAAAUUGUUUCUUCAUUGGAUGCAGGGCCGGCCCAGGCCAUUUGGGGGCCCUAAGCAAAAUAAUGCAAAGGGGCCCAUAUUUUUGGCCCACCAUUUCAUCACAGUGUACUGUGAAACCCAUACAUGCAAUCCAACCCAUACGUCCAUAUUUUGUAUGUUAAUCAGAUUUUGUUGCACUGCAUACGUCAAACUUCUCACCCCAAAUGAUUGUCAGUACUUACAGUAGAUACCGCCAAACCUUUUUCUAAAAGAGGAAAGAAAGAAGUUAAGGAAGAACUUUUAUUUUUUUAAGCUUGUAAUCAAGUAUCAAAAGUCAAAAAAGCUAACUGUAGUAAACAAAAUAGAAUAUAAAUUAAACAAUUGCCAGAUUGGGGGCCCCCUAGUGGUCAGGGGCCCUAAGCAGCUGCAUAGUCUGCGUAUAGGCUGGGCCGGCCCUGAUUGGAUGGACAUGUUAAAAGAUGUCGUCUUUCACUUAAGGGUUUACUUUUUUUUAUUCAUUCUAUGUUUAAUAACUUUAACCUCUUACCACAGCACAGUCUGAUAAGUAAAAUUCAAGCACCAUACAUUGUUGGUCAGUUAGUCAGAGUUACCUUUUAUUAGUGUUAUACUGAUGCGAGCACAAUUGCUCCCAAAGGAAAAGUUUGUUGGUAAGUGAAAAGGGAGGGAUCAUUUUCAGUCGUUAAAAGUCAUGACAUUCUGAUUUUUAAGUUAAAGAAAAAUAUGAAAAUAGAGUUGA